AUGCAGGCUCGCCUUCUUGCCCGCGAGACGGGUGACUUGCCUCCCCGCGACUUCGCGCUCGCCCACACCACAGAACUGCUUCGCUCCUUCGCACCAGCACCGCAACAUCGCUUCAAUGGCGAGCUGGCACCGGAUCAACAACCGACCGUCGUCCAAGACCGGCCUCAUAACAUCCGUGCCCAUGGCGCCGGCGUCAGCAGCCUCGCGGUAGACAAGUUCGACGGCCGUCUCCUGAUCUCGGGCGGCGCUGAGGGGAACAUCAAGCUCUGGGACCUCGAAAGCUGCGCCAACCCGCACCAAGUCCACACGUUCAGACCCGUGAGCACGAUUGCGCGGUCGACCAGCGAGCAGCGCGGAAGCGGCCACACCCACGGGAUAACCUACCUCGCCUUCUACCCCUUCGACUCGAACGCGUUCCUCUCGAGCUCGUACGACAAAUCGCUGAAGCUGUGGUCCACCGAGCGAUCGACCCUCUCUGCCAGCUUCGACCUGAACGCGACGAUAUACUCGCACUCGACGAGCCCGAUAGCUGACCACCUCCUCGUUGCCUGCGCGACUCAGCACUCCCACGUCCGGCUCGUGGACCUCAAAUCCGGCUCGGCCGUCCAAGCCCUCGUUGCUCACGGCGGGCCCGUCCUGUCCACGGCAUGGAGCCCCCGCCACGACCAUAUACUCGCCACAGGCCACGCCGAUGGGAAAGUGCGCAUCUGGGAUAUCCGCAGAGCCGGCGGCGUGCUCUCCCUGCUCGACCAGGAGGAUUCUCUCGGCGUCGUCCACAAGUACCGGCACGCCGUCGCGGCCGGGAUCAACCCCGACCAGGUGACUCGCUUCCGUGCGUCCGCGCGGGCGCACGACGAGGCCGUAAACGGACUCCAGUGGACGAGUGAUGGGAACUACGUCAUAUCCUCCGGAUUGGACGACCGAAUCAGGGUCUGGGAUGCUGCCACAGGGGCCAACACUCUGACCAGUUUCGGCCCGCUGAUACAGAAUCGACACGCGCGCACGGCGAGCAUAGUGGUCACCCCUGCGGGCAUGUCGGAACGAGAGGUCCUCAUCUGGGCGAAUGACCAGGAGAUUCUCCUUUUCCACCUUCGUGACGGAACGCUCCUCACGCGGUUGCGAAGCCCGGGGACGAUCAACCCGGCGGGACCUAGGUCUAACGAACUGGGGAGGAACCGCAUCUCCAGCAUUGUAUGGCGCAGUGCCGGCGGAGGAAGGGCCUCAACUGGACCUGUGAUGGGCGGGGGGAACUCAACUGGUGCGAUAUACAGCGCCCAUCUUGACGGACACAUUAGAGCUUGGGCGCCGCAGGUUCCUGGCGAAGAGGAGGAUGAGGAUGAGGAAGACGCUGGGGAAGAUGAGGAAGUCAAGAAGAGGAAAAGGAAAGCGGUUGAUUCUGCCUAUAGAAGUCUCAUGGGGACACAAAUUACGUUUACGUAG